ACUUUUUAAUUUCCUCACGUGGCUAAUAUCAAAUGCAUCAUAUUUAUGAAUAUGAAACUCGUAAUAAAGAGUGGUUCCGUGUUGUUUUCUUCUUCUAAUUUAUUCACAUGCAACAUGAGUAUACCUAUCGAUACCUAUCGUUCGCAUGCAAACGGACUAUAAGAUAGAGAAUCGAGCGUCGCGAAAAAUGGUAGAAAAAGCGCAUCUUGAAAAUAUGCAUUAUAUGAUUAAAUUCUCUCCCCAAUCAUAAAAUUACGUCCCUCAUUUAUGACGUUUAUGACAGUUUGUUGAUCACAUCCAAUUUAUAUAUGCAAUUCACACAGUGAUAACAGCUGAUUCCAAAACUUGAGGAAAUUGAAAUAAAUUUUGUAGACACAUUGUAUAUAAUAUUAAACAUUUUUACAUUGUUAUUUAUAUAUGUGUAUACACUAUAUAUAAUAACUAAAUAGAAUUUAAUAACAAAGUAGCAGAAAUAUGUUGAAACCGAAAGCUCUCACGCAGGUUUUAAGUCAAGCUAAUACUGGGGGCGUGGAGAAUACUUUAUUACUUAACAGAGAUGGAGGAUUACUAGCAUACAGUGGUUAUGGAGAUAAAGAUGCUAGAGUUACAGCUGCUAUUACGAGUAAUAUUUGGACAGCUUAUGAAAAAAAUGGAAGAAACGCCUUCAAGGAAGAUGAAUUACAUUAUGUUCUAAUGGAUUGCAUGGAAGGGAAAGUUGUUAUUACAGAAGUAGCUAACUUGCUCUUAUGUUUAUAUGCAAAGGAAAAUGUAGGGUUUGGAUUGUUACGAGAAAAAGCACAAGCCUUAGCUAUGUAUCUUGAUCAACCUUUAAAAACAAUAGCAAAUAUGCCUUGAGAUUUGUCUUUAGGAAUUUAUCUGGAGAUAUUGUGCUCAAACUUAUCUCUCUAUACUUUUUACUUAUUGUUUGUGAGAAUUUAUAAUUGUAUCUCACUACACUAUGUAUAAAUAUAUUUUUUAUUGAUUUGAAGUUAACAUAUGUGAAUAUUUUCUAUAUUUACAUUUGAAUCAUUUUUAAAAUGCAAUAAAUAUUUUAUACACAAAAAAGAAGUGAAACAGGGAAGUAAAAAUAGGAGCAAGAGCCACUUUGCUUUAAUAGUACAAUAAAUCUUUUAUUUCGUACAAGUUACAAUUAAUACAAACAAUUUAAUUCUUCAUCUCACUUUACAAAUCACACGCUAUAUAAGGUCUAUACUUAAUAUAAGCUUACCUAUCAAUAAUGUAAUAUCGCAACAGUUGCCAUAAAUAAUUCUAUUUAUAAUGCAAAAUGGUUUACUGUAAUUUAAUUUAUAUAAUUUAUCGAGAUAUAUGUAUGAGAUUAUGACUGCAUUGGCGAAAAAUAAUUAAAAAUAUUUAAUAUCUAUAUUUUUUUUUUGUUUGUUACUUAUAUUGUGAAUUGCACUAUACUAGAUAAGAAUUAUUGAAUAAGAAUUAUAUUAUUAUUGCAUAUAGAAAGUUGUAAAGUUCUAUAUCUUUAUUAUACCAGAAUUGUCUUAUAUUUUGAACUACUAUUAAAUAAAUUUUUUGAUUUCGUUAUAAUACACCUGUAUACAUACAAUGAUAUACAUAGAAUGGAGAUGUUUGUAAAAAUGUGUGAAAUCUGUUUUAGUAAAAUAUUUUUAAUUGAGAAUAUAUGUGUGUAUAAUAUAAUAAUUUGUGUAUUUCAGACGAAUUUAAUACAUUAGGUGUGUGGUGAAAUUAAAUUUAAAAUUAAUUAAAGUACUUGCAAAUUUUUGUUGUAAUUAUUCAUAUCAUGUACUUAACAAUAGAGAGUUCUUAAAUCAACAUAACUUGAAACAUGGACAAUAAUCAUAUCAUAUAGUGCAAGAAUUUGCACAUAUGUAUACGAUAACUUUUUACAUUUUUAUCCUAUAAUAAUCUGGGGCUUAUCAUUAUAUAAUAAUUUUAGUCUCCAAUGUAACUACCUUUUGUUCCCUAACGCCAAACACUGAAUAAUUAUACAAUAAAUUUAUCUAUCAUUAUAAAUCUCUCUAUCUAUAUGAAAGUACAAACUUUAUAUGAGUAAAGAGGGGCAUAUCUUCGCAUGUGUAAUAUAAUAAUAAUGAAUAUUAAUACCGACUAAAAGUUUAUGAUUAGAUAUAGGAAUUUGAGCUAGAAAAUAAUGCCUUAUAUUAGCCUAAAAAACACUGUACAUAGUGUGUGAGAUUAACAAUUGGUCCUAAAAUUCCUGAAAUUCCAUAGUAUCAAAUUAUUACCAGCCAAUUUGUAACAUAUUGUUAUGUAUCUCACUGUUUGUAUAAAUAUUUGAUACAUGA